CUAAUGGGUCCGUAUGGGGUAGAUCGUGCCGUUCAUGAAAUAGAAUUUACUGACUGUGAGAAUGGACUGGGGAUCAAAGUCAUUGGAGGAGUGAAGGAGUUAACGGGAGAAGAGUUUGGAGUCUACGUCAAAAGGAUUUUACCUGGUGGCCUUGCUUCAAGUGAUGGACACCUCCAGGCAGGAGACCAGAUCUUGGAGGUGAACGGGGAGAGUUUGCUAGGGGUCACCAGUGAAAGAGCAGUAGACGUUCUGAGAUCAGCGUCCUCGAGCAAUCACAUGCGCCUUCUGAUCGCCAGAGACGAGGAAGCAAGGUAGGCCCUGAGGACCAUGUCUAGAUAUGAGAUGAAACCG